AUGAGUGGACGGGUUGGUGAUCUGUCUCCAAAGCAGGAGGAAAAGUUGGCUGAGUUUAAAGAAAAGCUGGUGGACAUUUUAAUCAAGCCUGAACACGAUGACUACUAUUGCCUGAAAUGGUUAAGAGCAAGGGGUUUUGAUGUGGCGAAAGCAGAGACAAUGAUAAGAAAGCACGGAAAACGAAUCGAUGAAUUGACAUAUGUCAUGGACCUGGAAGGGCUAGGGACAAGACAUCUAUGGAAACCUGCUGUAGACUAUGUUAAUAAGUUUGGAACCAUCAUUCAAGCCAACUAUCCAGAGUGUCUGAAAGCUCUAUAUAUUGUAAGGGCGCCGAAGAUUUUCCCACUUGUCUAUGCACUGAUCAAACCGUUUAUCGACGAAAACGUUCGUAAGAAGAUACACGUGUUGGAUGAUAAUUUCCAGUCAACAUUGUUAAAGUACAUACCGGCCGAGAGUCUUCCUGUUCAUUGGGGAGGCACUAUGACUGACCCGGAGACUGGUGAUCCCAAGUGUGCUAGUAUAAUAAAUCCUGGUGGCAAGGUUCCCGAGAAAUAUUAUAUGCUGGAAGUCGAAAUGCCUUACGAAAAGUACUUGAAAGUGGAACUUGUCAAAAAGAAGUUCGAUUUGACAUUUGAAGUGACAAAGCUAGGCAGCGUAAUCCGGUAUGUAUUCAAAACCGAUGAAGGGGACAUAGGACUAGCUGUAUUUCUACAAACGGGCUCAAAGGAGUUGAAACCAUUCCAACCCCUCGAGAAAUAUAAUAGUCACCUCGUGUACGAGGAUGGGAGCAUAGACUGCCAAGAAAUCGGAACAUACAUCUUAAGGUUCGAUAACUCACAUUCAUGGACCAAGAAUAAAACUCUACAUUACUUUGCUGAGGUCGUCGAGCCGGAUGAAUUGAUUGAAGAGAUGAACACUGAUUUGUAA